AAACUGAAACAGACGACGAAAGCGGAGGAAAAGCCGAGGGAGGCGGAGGCCUCAGCAGCACAGCAUAGCCACAUAGGCUGCCUUCUCAGCUAGAUCCGCGCGAAAUCCAAAUCCAAUCGUGCACCCGCCUCCUCCGCUCAUGGCCCGCAGCUUGCCGGCGGUUCUGCUCCUGCUGGCGGCCCUCGCCGGCAUGGCCGCCGCCGGCGACAUCGUCCACCAGGACGACGAGGCCCCGAAGAUCCCCGGCUGCGCCAACGAUUUCGUCCUGGUAAAAGUGCAGACCUGGGUCAACAAGAGAGAGAAAGAUGAAUUUGUUGGUGUGGGUGCUCGGUUUGGCCCCAAGAUAGAGUCAAAGGAAAAGCAUGCCAACCGAACAAAAUUGUUGUUAGCAGAGCCUUCUGAUUGCUGCACCCCUCCCACAGAGAAGGUUUCUGGAGAUAUUUUGUUAGUGGAGAGGGGACUCUGUAAGUUCACUAAAAAAGCUAAGGUUGCUGAAUCUGCAGGUGCUUCUGCCAUUAUAAUCAUCAAUGAUAAGCAUGAGUUAUACAAGAUGGUAUGUGAGCGCAAUGAAACAGAUCUAGAUAUUGGUAUACCUGCGGUUCUUCUGCCAAAAGAUGCAGGCUCUAAAUUACGAAAUCUUCUCUCAAGUGGUGAAGUCUUAGUGCAGCUGUACUCUCCAGAUCGUCCUCUGGUUGAUACUGCAGAAGUGUUUCUAUGGCUUAUGGCAGUUGGUACCAUUCUUUGUGCAUCGUACUGGUCAGCAUGGAGUGCCAGAGAAGCAGAUAUUGAACAAGAGAAGCUUCUGAAGGAUGGCCAUGAAAUUCCACCAAACUUUGAGGCUGGAGGUUCUAGUGGUAUGGUAGAUAUCAACAUGGCAUCAGCAAUACUGUUUGUUGUGAUCGCAUCAUGCUUCUUGAUAAUGCUCUACAGGCUGAUGUCUCAUUGGUUUGUGGAGCUUCUGGUGGUUAUCUUUUGCAUAGGUGGUGUAGAGGGUCUGCAAACAUGUUUGGUGGCCUUACUGUCCAUGUCAAGGAGGUUUAAACCUGCUGCAGAAUCGUUUGUGAAAGUGCCAUUUUUUGGAGCUGUAUCAUACCUUACAUUGGCAGUUUGUCCGUUUUGCAUUGUAUUUGCUGUUCUGUGGGGUGUUUAUCGCCGUUUGCCCUAUGCUUGGAUUGGGCAAGAUAUCCUUGGCAUUACUUUGAUUGUUACAGUCAUCCAAAUCGUUAGAAUACCUAACCUCAAGGUAGGUUCUGCCCUCCUGAGUUGUGCCUUCUUAUAUGACAUCUUCUGGGUUUUUGUCUCCAAGAUGUUGUUCCAUGAAAGUGUGAUGAUUGUGGUUGCACGUGGUGAUAAAACUGACGAAGAUGGUGUACCCAUGCUGUUAAAGAUUCCACGGAUGUUUGAUCCAUGGGGUGGAUACAGCAUCAUAGGCUUUGGCGAUAUCCUUCUUCCUGGGCUGUUGAUUGCUUUUGCGUUAAGGUAUGAUUGGGCUGCCAAGAAGACGUUGCAAUCCGGCUACUUUUUGUGGUCAAUGGUGGCAUAUGGUUCUGGUCUCCUAAUUACGUAUGUUGCCUUGAACCUUAUGGAUGGCCAUGGCCAGCCGGCUCUUCUUUAUAUUGUGCCUUUCACGAUCUGUACCUUCUUAGCGCUCGGCAUGAAAAGAGGUGAACUCAGAAACCUGUGGACAAGAGGACAGCCAGAGAGGGUGUGUACGCAUACACAUCCAUCCCUAAAGGACUCGGCUGACCCAGUAAGAUCGUCGUAAUAAAUAAGGCUAGGCUGACAGGGCCUGGCCCUGGAGAUGUUGCUGAUGGCCCUUACUUACAUUUUCUUUGGUAUAAUGGUGUGUGAUAUAGUGCAAGACUCGACUGAUUUGUGAUGUACCCAAAAUAGGUUGUGAUGCGACCCCCUGAUAUUGCGAUCCUCAUUGUAUAGUAGGCAGUGUGUAUGUAUAGCGCUGAUAUAGUUAGCUGUUUCACUAUAUAAAAGAUGCGGGAAGUAUAGGAGCUUAGCUCGGUAUUUUCCAGAACCAGAACUGUAUGUGCCUGACGUUUGUCCCAGUACCUGUAGAACUCAGGUCUUUGCAUCAUAACCACACUACUUGUUCUGGAACCGCAAAA